AUAUUCAUCAAAUUAUAGAUGUCUCAUAUCACUUAAUACAUAUUUAGCAUAUAUGUGAACAACAAAGCUAUAAAAGAGUGAAGAUUUUGAACAAAUUGAAAAAAAUGUCUGGAAAGUGGAGUUAUUUCGCGUUUUAUUACACUUUGUUUUAUUACUUUAUUCCUAUUUUUUGUUCCCUUACUGCUCCAUCAACAAGUUCUCUGCCGAUGACAGAUUCAUCUAAUAAUAUAGAAUUACAGUUCCGUCAUGGGCCCAUUGAAGCUGCAAAAGAGCCAUUGAUCUUUGAUAUCCAUGACACCAUUCGUAUAAACUGUGGGGUAAAGGGAUUUCCAAAGCCUACUGUGCUUUUCUACAAGGGAGAUAAACUAUUACGUGAACCAAAGCCAGAGGACCUUAAUCCUUCUCGUGUUCGUAUUGAGCGUACAACUCUUCGCAUCUUUCCUGCUUAUAUUGAGGAUUCUGGGACUUAUCGUUGUUUCGCUGAAAAUGGGUUUUCCAACAUAUCUCUGAUGUUCCAAGUUAAUGUAGUAGAAGAUGACAAUACAGAUAACAGCAGUCCUGUUACAGAGCUGACACCCUUAACAGAAUCAGCUUACCCAGGACAAGGACUAAAACCAUAUUGGACGAAAAUAGACCGAAUGCAGAAGAGACUUCAUGCUGAACCGGCAGGAAACACUGUGAGGUUUCGUUGUCCAGUGGAUGGGAAUCCUGUACCGAGAGUGGAUUGGUUUAAAGAUGGAAAAAUUAUUAAGAAAGAUAGUAGAAUUGGAGGUGUCAAGUAUCGUAACAAUGGACAAAUGAUAAUAUUGGAAACAGUUGUUCCACCUGAUCAAGGCAUGUACAUGUGUAAAGCCAGCAAUAAAUAUGGAUCUAUUAAUCAUACUUAUGAAUUGGAUGUGCAAGAGCGUGCAGCUAGUCGACCUAUUCUCAAGUAUGGUCUGCCGGCAAAUAAAACUGUAAAAAUUGGAUCUGAUGUUGAAUUCAAGUGUAGAGUGUAUAGUGACCCCCAUCCCCAUGUCAAAUGGGUGAGAUACGUACCGAUCGGCAGCGGGGCUAACGCAUCUGAAAAAGUUGUCAUUUUAAAGGCUGCUGGUUCAAACACAACCAGUCGCGAUAUGGAGGUGUUGCAGCUCAAAAAUGUAACAUUUGCUGAUGUCGGCGAGUAUACUUGCCUUGCUGGUAACUCUAUUGGAAUUUCUUAUCAGAGUGCUUGGCUCCAAGUGCUACCAGAGCCACCACCAACAGAACCUACAGCUCUUUCUCAAGAGAUGAAUUUGAUAAUUUAUGGAAUAUGUGGAGUGCUUGGUCUUCUGGUCGUUUCUGGAAUCAUAUUGUUCUUCUAUUACAACUAUUAUAGUGGGAAAGAUCCACCCAUGCUAUUUCGGAUCGAAAACGCUGAUAAUUUACCCCCAAUGACGAAGAUUGAAGUCCCAACAAUGAUGUACGGCAAUGAACAGGCAUGGAGGCGCAUGUGUUUGCCAAUGCAAGAACAAUUUGACUUCAACAUUCAACCAGACCUGCAGUGGGAACUUCGCAUAGAGGAUAUCACAUUAACAGAACGACUUGAUGAAGGAUUCUUCGGUCAAGUAUUCAAAGCUGAUCUUGCAACAUCAUCUACUGGUCAUAACAGUUCAAUGGUUUGUGCCGUAAAAAUGCUGAAAGCUUCUCGAACAGAAAAAGAUGUUUACGAUCUCCUCACUGAAAUGGAUCAGAUGAAACGAAUUGGAAAACACAAAAAUAUAAUUAAUUUAUUGGGUGUUUGUACACAGAAUGGGCCGCUAAUGCUUGUAAUUGAAUAUGCUGCUGAAGGAAAUUUAAGAGAAUUUUUGAGACGCAACCGACCCCAAAAUAUGGCUUUCAAUUUGGUGUUACCAACGGACUUGAACAAUCCACAACCAGAUCAAUAUCCACCACAAGAUAGACUUUUAUCACAGAAGGAUCUUGUCUCAUUCGCACUUCAAGUUUCACGGGGAAUGGACUAUUUGGCACAGAAAAAGUGUAUUCAUCGAGAUUUGGCUGCAAGAAAUGUUCUAGUUACUGAUGAACGAAUGAUGAAGAUUGCUGAUUUUGGACUUGCCAGAGAUAUUAGAACGUGCGAUUAUUACAGAAAACAUACUCGAGGUCACUUGCCCUACAAAUGGAUGGCACUUGAGGCAAUGGCUGACAAUGUUUUCACACAUGCUACAGAUGUUUGGUCAUUUGGAGUUUUACUUUGGGAAAUAUUUUCUCUUGCUGGAACUCCAUAUCCUGGUAUCAAGACAGGGGAAUUGGUCAAAUUCCUUCGAUCUGGAGAAAGAUUAGAAAAUCCGCAGUUUGCUACAUCUGAAAUGUAUAUGUUGAUGAGAGAUUGUUGGGAAGAAGAUCCAAGAAGAAGACCAAUAUUCAGAAGUCUUGUUGAAGAUUUAGAAAGAAUGCUUGCAGAAGCUUCUAAUGAUGAAUACAUAAAUUCAGCGACUGCUGAUUACAUGGAUAGUAGUGAAUCGGAUGAAGAAAGUGAAGAAGGUGACGAUGAUGUGGAAGACGACGAUGUAUUUGUACAAACAGAAAAUUCUGAUUCUGUUUCUGAUGGAAAUAUCCCAUUCAAUGAUGAACAUGAUCCCUUCAAUGGUGACCCAUAUUCUACUCCAUUACUUGGACACACCGUUGAGGAAAACAUAAUGCAUAAUCAUCAUGCGAGACUUCAGUCAGAUGUAUGAUUUUUCUGUAAAUCAAUUUAUGUUUUAUUUUGUAUAUGAAAAGAAUUCUAAACAAAGAGUGUUACUGCCUUUCCUAUCCUAUUCAACAAAUUUAAUUGCAUCAGUAUGGACUGCACAAAUAAGGGAUAUCGUACGAUGAACUGAAUUUUAUCAAAUUGAUGAAAACUUUCAAUAAAAUGAAACCUAUACCUAUACAAUUUCUAGUUUUUUUAGAGUAAUAUACAUCCUUUGAUGAAAUGCGCGCUAAAUUUUUACAUAAGAUAAAUCAUGGUAAUUUUCUGUUAUUUCUUGAUAUUGACCACUAUUUCAAGGACCGUGGAAAUCGAAUCUAAUUCAUAACACAUGCAUCGAUAGUUUCAACUUACUCGUGUAAAUUGGAUUAAACGAGUUGAUUGAAUCAGUAGAAACAAAAGUGUUGCAAAUAUAGUUGUAGUUUGCAUCAGAAUUUGUUAAUAUAUUGAGAUAGUUGCAACAUGUUAUCAACCUUUUUUUAUAAAAAUAUUUUUCUUGAUUCUAGUAAUGGUGGAUUGAUUACUCCUGAUUUGUGCCCUCCAUGAAUUUAUUUUCUUUAGCCUACAAUUAAACAAGCGUGCUCUUAUUUCUGUGUACCAUUACGUGUGCUGAGUUUGGUAUUACUUAUACAUAUUCAUACCUCGUUUUUAUAUUUUAUUUUCCUGAUUGUUACAAUUAGAUCUAGUACAUCAUGGUAAUCUUCUGGAAAACUUUUCAGGCAUUAUUUUAUUUAACCCUGUUGGUCAGUCGAGCAUUAUCAAAUCUCAUACUAGUUACUGAUCAAGUUUCAAAGUAUGUUAUUGACCCAAUUUUAAUUAAAGACAGAAGUGUUUUUGGUGUCAGUAGGUUCACCUUCAGAACUGUGCUGAAAGGAAUAGUUCACAAACAAUAUUGAAUGAAAUGAAAGAUUGACUGACUAUUCAUGAAUCAAAUUUUUUUCUUUGCCGGAUGACCGAUCCAUGAGAUGAUCUAUGAGUUCUACUUUUACACAAUAAUUAUGUUCUUUCUGAAACAGUGUCAUAUAUUUCUUAUUUCUUGUACUUUCAUUACUGUAUGGUUAUUGUUGCUGAAUUUCUGUAACUAUUUCACAUGCAUUAUGUUUUUAUCUUUUACUGAUAAGUGCUGCGUUUCUGCCUUACAAUUAUUAAGUGACAAUUUUCUAUCUGCCAUGUUAGUUACUUAUGGUGAAAAAGUGAUUUCCGUUCUCUGCCAAAUAUGAAUUCCAUCAAUACAUCUAAUUAAAAAAUAUAAUCUUAUACUACGUAUAUUUGACAGCAUAAAAACUUGGUGACAAAUUUGAGCUGCUUUUUGAGAUAAUUUAAAAACAAGUUGAAUAAUAAAUGACAUCUCAUCAAACAGAUAAUUUUAUUGAGCAGGAAACAAUUUUAGAUACUUAAUGGGCUGAUAUUCAAAAUCAUAUUUAUUCCUGUGGAUAAAGUCCUGUUUUUAUACCUAAAUUGAACGACAUUUGCUAUUAUAUUAAUAUUCACAGACAUUGGAAUUCUGAAGGGUGGCGAAGUAAUGUUAUAUUAUCCGUUGCUGCUGGUUAUAUUACUACUAUUCUUUAUCUGUUAUAUUUUGCUACUUUACUGAUUUUUAAUUUUUUCCUUUCUAUCUACCGCAUGUGUCAAAAUUAUGAACAGUUACAAUUUAUUUGAUAAUUUUUUUUUCUUGUGUGCUACCAAUGAUUUUAUUUUUCUGAUGAUAAAGUGUUUGCCAGAAACUAAUCUCUAUCUUACUAUCUAGGUUGCUUGAAGUCUAUUUGUCAUAAAUUGGUCUUUCUUGGUGAUAGGGCUUAUGGUUUACAUUUGCUAUUCUGGCCAUUUUUAAAUUGCAAAUCACUGUCAGGAGGUGCUCUGAUUUUAUAUCAUUGAUACGAAAAUUAGAAUUUUGACAUUGUUUUUAAAAUUGAAUAAAAUUGCCCUACAAGUUUCAGACUUGAGAAAUUUUAUGUCCAAACCAUUCAAAAUUAAUUAUUUAAUGGUUAAGUAUGUUUUCCUAUGAGGAGAAGCAUAGCUUUAAACCAAUGAUCAAUAUGAGCUUGUUUUGCAGUGUGAUGUAUUAUAUUUGCACAAUUGAAGUGGAAACGAUCAUGA